AUGGGAGUUACUGGACUAUGGAAACUGAUUGAAGCAUCAGGAAAGCCUGUAGCAUUAGAAACACUGGAGAAUAAAGUCUUAGCAAUCGAUAUAAGUAUUUGGCUACAUCAGGUUGUGAAAGGAUAUCAAGAUAACAAAGGAGGAAAUUUGCCAAAUGCUCAUCUUUUGGGAUUGUUUAAUCGCAUAUGUAAGCUCCUUUAUUUUCGAAUAAAACCAGUCUUUGUUUUUGAUGGUGGGUGCCCUGAGCUUAAGCGCCAGACAAUUGCUAAACGAGCUUAUCAGAAAACAAAGAUUCAAACAGAGGCUGAACGUCUUGAACAACUCUUACUUGAAUCUCUGGCAAAGGAAAAGAUUGUUAAACAAGCUCUCGGAGAUACUGAAAGUUUGUCACCAACAAAGUUGUUAAAAAAUAAACCAGCAACAAAGACGGAAGAACGAGAUGAAAUGUUUAAGCUGCCACCUUUGAAAGAAGAAAACAUCGAAAUAAAGAAUAAAAAUGAAGAUGAAGAUGAAGAUCUUUGUCCAAAACGAUCAUAUGAUGUGAAUAUAAAUAAAAUCGAUGUUACAAGUUCUCAUUUCAAAAGUCUUCCUGCUGACAUACGACAUGAAAUACUCAGCGAUAUUAAAGACACGCGUAAACAAACUUCAUGGGGAAAACUUCGAGAACUACCUGUUGAAUCAAAUGAUUUUAGUACUUACCAAAUGUCGCGAUUACUUCGCCGACGACAGGUUCAAGUAAGUUUGGAAGAAGCUGAAAAGGAAAUGGGGGGAAAAACGUGGUCACUGAGUGAACUUGAGUCGCUACUGACCGAAGAUGGUGUGUUAGUGAUUGAUAAAAAAGGACAGAAAAUUGCCAGUAACGAAAACACGAGAUUUCUUCUCGUUCGCGAUAUCGCUAAAGCUAUGAAUGAAGCCAAGAAAGAAGAAAAACCAUCGACUUCAAAAGAUCCUCAACCUUCAACUUCAAAGCAAUUCAUCGAGUCGAAUGAGAUUUUAAGUGAAGAAGACAUCGAUUUACAACUUGCAAUUCAAUUAUCACUUGCUGAUGGUGACGAGGUUGAAGAAGAACCAAAAGAAGUGAAAGUUGAUGAAAAACUGAAUCUUAAUCCAGAACAGCGCCAAAAGUUUUCCAGCACAAUUCAAAGCCAUGGACUGAUCCGUGGAUUUAUGAUGGAAUAUGCUGAAAUGAACGGUGAUGAAGUUCAAGAUUUAAUGAAAGCUACACAAGUCCAUAAAAAAUGCGAUGAUGAAUUGAAUGAUUCUUUUCGUGUAAAAUUUCCCAAUACUGAUGAUUAUGUUCUUUAUGGAACACCUAAAAAGAUCAAUCAAAGUCAAGAUAAUGAAAAAGAAAUUAAAAGCAAAAAAUCCAUUCAUUUUGUGUCUGAUAGUGAAAGUGAUGAUGAAUUUGAAGAGAUUACCAAAAGUAAAUCUGAUGCUCCAGUUACAGAUAACAUCGUGAUUACUGUCAAGCCCAAUGUAGAUAAUCACGACGAUGAUUUAUUUGCUGAUGUUUUUAAGAAGUCGCCAAUAAAUGAAGAAGUUCCUGAUGUUGAAGUUGCAUCGAUUUCUUCCGAUGAUGACACGUUACCUUAUGAAAUUUCUCAAAAGGAUUUUGAUGAAAUUGAAUCUAAUAAAGAUGUUGAAUCCGGAUUUGUUUCAGAAGAAGUGGAAAAGAUUCAAGAAUCGAAUAUUGAAAUUGUAACAGAAGAGGAGAAAAAAAUUGACUUAACGUUAACCGAAGAUUCUGAAGAAAUUUUUAAACCUCAACAAUCUGAACAAAAUUUGAAUGGAAAUCUUGGCGAGCAAGAGUUAAAAACGCCAGAGAAAUCGAAUCGUGAAUAUUCACCGACACCAUCAAAAGUUGCAACUCCUUUUUUUGUCAAUCGAAAAACGCCAAGCACCAAGAAGAAAAAUCAUCAAAAUGUCAUUGAAAUUGAUGUUGAUGCCGUGAAUGUUUCCAAGAAUUUAUUUCAAGAAACAGAAAAAGUAGAAAAUGUGACUUUAAUUUUUCAGAAAGCUGCUGAUGAGUUGAAAGUGAAGAAAACUUCAGAUGAACUUGAAGAAAUGAAAAAUAAUCUCGAGGAUGAACAGAGAAACCUUAUACAGGAGAGAAAUAAGUUGGAUCGUAUGGGAACUUCGAUUACACAUACAAUGAGUCGCGAUUGUAAAGAUUUAUUAAAAUUAUUUGGCAUUCCAUAUAUUGACUCACCAAUGGAAGCUGAAGCUCAAUGUGCUUUCUUGAACAUGAUUAACCUCACUGAUGGAACAAUUUCUGACGAUUCUGAUAUUUGGCUGUUUGGUGGUCAAACAGUUUACAAAAAUUUCUUCGUCCAGAAAAAGAUUGUGAUGGAAUUUCGUUAUGAAAACAUUGAGCAAAUGUUCCAUCUUGAUAGAAAGAAAUUAAUUCAAUUAGCAAUGCUUGUUGGAAGUGAUUACACGGUUGGUUUGAAUGGUGUUGGUGCAGUAACAGCUCUUGAAAUUCUGGCAGCAUUUCCUGAAACUGCUGAAUGUGAUGGAGAAACUGAUCAAUAUCAAUCACUUGUGUCGAGUUUGAGAAAAUUUCGUGAAUGGUUUAGAAGUGGAAAGCAAUCUGGACCUGGUGGAAAAACAGUUCUUAAAAGUAAAUUAAAGAAUAUUGAAUUAUUCGAUGGAUUUCCCAAUUUAAAUGUCGCUAAAGCGUAUUUGGAACCGAUUGUCGAUACGAACACUGAAGGCUUCACAUGGGGAAUCCCAGACACCGAAUCUUUAGUUGAAUUUUCAAAAGCAAAACUUGGAUGGACACGAAUGAAGACUGAAGAACUUUUAGGACCUGUAAUGAAACGAUUAAAUGAAAAGAAACAAUCGACUAUCAAAGAUUAUUUUAAGUCACAACUCACAAAGAAAUUCUUCGACGAAAAUAAAUUGAGUAAACGAGUGCAGAAAGCUGUUGGGAAGAUGAGCGGUGUUGUUGAUGAUGUAAAAGAAGAAAAACCAAAGAAGAAUCGCAAGCGAAAAGUAACUGAAGUUGAGAAGAAAGAAACUGAUAAACUUGUUCUUAUAUCAAGUGAUGAUGAAUUAGAACCACCAACUAUUAAAAAAUCAUCUCCUGUACCAUCAACAUCAGAGGCUGGAACUUCAAAAAUCAUACCAAAAGCACAAAAGCCCAAAAAAGUGACAAGAAAAAGAAAACAAAAUGAACAAAAUCCAGUUGAAGAUGUGGAAGAAUCAUCAACUAUGAAGAAACGUCCACCAAAAAUUCCUGAAACAAAGCAAAUCAUUCCACAACGAGAAAAGGAUAAAGAAGAACAAGAAAAAGCAAAAAAGAAAGCAAUCGAAAUAUUUAAAAGUACUAAAAAAUCUUCUAGAAAGUGA